AUGUCAACGACCACAGCUGCAUCGUCAACUUAUGUAGACGAGGACACUACUUGGAAAUCAUUGAAUCUUGACCCAAGGUUACUACAGGCUAUCGAUCAACUUGGGUUUGAGAAUCCGACACUUAUACAAAGCAGUGCUAUACCCUUGGCAUUGGAUGAGAAGAGAGAUAUUAUUGCUAAAGCAUCAACCGGAUCAGGUAAAACUGCCGCCUACGCUAUACCGAUAAUUCAGAACUUGUUGCUUGAAGAUUCUGGCCCUGGUAUAAAGUCUGUUGUACUUGUACCCACUAGAGAAUUAUCGAAUCAAGUAUAUCAAUUCAUGGAGCAGUUGAUUAGACACAGCAACAAGAAAAUAGGCAUUUUGAAUCUAUCAUCAAGUUACAGUGACCAAGUUUUGAACUCCUUACUAGCGAACAGACCUGAAAUUAUCAUUUCCACACCAAGCAAGUUGAUCCAAAUUUUGGAAAUGAAUGAUGAGAAGUCCCCCAUAGACUUGAGCACAGUGAGGAACUUGACCAUUGAUGAGGUUGACUUGAUUUUGAGUUUCGGUUACUUGGAAGACUUGGCAAAGUUGGAAUCGUACUUACCAGUCAAGAAAAAUUUGCAAACAUUCUUGAUGUCGGCAACGCUCAAUGACGAUAUAAACGAGCUCAAGACAAAAUUUUGUACUAAACCAGCCAUCUUGAAAUUGGAUGACGAACAAAGUAGCAAUGAUAAAUUGGUCCAGUUUUACGCCAAAACCACAGAGUUUGAUAAGUUUCUAUUAAGUUAUGUUAUUUUCAAGUUAAACUUGAUCAAGGGUAAAACAAUUGUCUUUGUCAACAGCAUCGACAGGGGAUACAGAUUGAAACUAUUUUUGGAACAGUUUGGUAUAAGAUGCUGCAUCUUGAAUAGCGAAUUGCCAAUAAACUCGAGACUACAUAUCGUCGAAGAGUUCAACAAGAAUGUCUACCAUUUGCUAAUUGCAACAGACGAGAUUUCUGUCGAGAGAGAGGAAGGAGAGAUUGUAGAAGAGGGAAAGAGUGCUGAUAAAGAAGCAAAAUCAAAGUCCAAGAAAUCAAAAAAGGAUAAGGAGUAUGGCGUAUCCCGUGGUGUAGAUUUCAAAAAUGUGGCUUGUGUUUUGAACUUUGAUCUUCCUACUACAUCGAAAGCAUAUGUGCACCGAAUUGGUAGAACUGCUAGAGCCGGGAAAUCAGGAAUGGCUCUUUCGUUUGUGAUUCCGGUAAAGGAGGUGGGAAAACACAAGACAGCAACUUUACCAACGGCCAAGAAAGAUGAAAAAGUUUUGAGCAGAAUCAUCAAACAACAAGAAAAGAAUGGCUUUGAAAUAAAGCCAUAUCAAUUUGACAUGAAGCAGGUUGAAGGGUUUAGAUACCGUGCAGAUGAUGCAUUCAGGGCGGUAACACAAACCGCCAUCAGAGAAGCAAGAGUGAAAGAAUUGAAAAACGAAUUAAUUAACUCAGAGAAAUUAAAGAGAUUCUUUCAGGAAAACCCUCAAAAUUUGGCUAGUUUGAGACAUGAUAAGGAGUUACAUCCAGCAAGAGUUCAAGCGCAUUUGAGAAAUCUCCCAGAAUAUCUUUUACCAGAGAGUGCAAGAAGCGAUGUGAAAAAUAUCGGGUUUGUUCCCUUCCACAAGAACAAGGUGAAUAAACACAGAAAGAAAGGAAAGCCGAGAAGAAAACAAGACCCAUUGAAAACAUUCAAGAAAUAA